AUGUCGAUGGCUGUUGGUUUUGGGUCAAAGAUGAGUGUGUCGUUUUGGAAUAGGAAAGAGAGGAGCAGGCGCGGGUUAUAGAAACUAACUACUGCGUUCGUUGUUGGAAUCGAAAGAAUUCUGUUUGGAUAAAUACUGGGUCAUCCUUUCUGUCGAUUUUGAAAGGUUUCGAAUUGAAGAUAGAGGUUCUGGGCGGUUGAUUGGGCCGAUUGGGGAAAACGGUGGAGCUGCACACGCCAAAAAUCUACGCGUGAAGGAUUAUGGUUUGUGCUGCUGCUGCUGCUUUGUUUGAAUUGGGUUGUUUCAGGAUUGCUUAUACAUAGGUUAAGGAAAAUAGACUAAUGGACUUUUUGAAGGAGUGAUCUACUCGCGGAACUUUGAUUUCUGUACUAAUGUCAAAUGGUUGGUUUAUAUUGAAUUCCAUUGAUGUGAUAGCAGAAAAGGUGCUGCUAAAAAUAUACAACAGGGAGAAGAGCUCCAAAGUUACUAGUAUGAAUAUGUAAAGCCUCUCAGUUAUCAAAUAUGAACACAUUACUGUGAUUUCAGCUGAAAAGAAAGCAUACUCAGUGGUCUAGAGUCUGAUAUAGUUAUGAUACACAGCAAGAACUUUAAGUACAUAGUAACGAAUCUAAAGCUCUCACUGCAGAAUUUCAACACUCCAAAAAAAGUGUAAAACUUAGGCUGGCAAUAGUACUGGGUUUGGACCAAAACUCACAGGAUGCCACCGCAUAAUGUUCAUCAUAAUUUCUCUCUGAAACUUAUUUUUCAAUUAUUGUUAGCUGCUGCAUAAAUGCAGAGUACCACUAGCAUAAGACAAAUUAUACAUGAAAAUUGAAAGCCUGGUGUAGUUGCAAAUUCACAGCUGGGGACCUGGGGUUGCUUAAGAAAGCAUAGAAAGCAUUAAUAACUGAAAGACAGGUUUUUGGGAUUGUAAUAGGAACAGUGAUGGGUAAAAAUUACGUGCACGCUUAUUAGUUAUGGGAAGUUUUCAGAGAGGGUUUUAAUGUGGGGUUUGGGAGUCUGUGAAAGUAGAAAUGCCAGAAAUGCAGGAUUGAGAAAGAUUUGUGAAGUGACCUUGCUUGGAGAAAGUAACUGCACAGAUUUUACCAAAACAAGAGUUACCACUCUGAGUUUCAGGGGAUUUAAAGACUAGCUUCUCUGAAAAAAGACUUUAAAUCCCUUGAAACUGAAGCUCAGCGAACGCACCCUGUACAUAAAUAGGCUUCAAAGAUCUUUCUAUUUCAUACAUCCAUAGCACCAAAAUUACAGCCAACCACACUGCAACUGCAAGGCAGUUUGGCAUUCGUCCUUUGCCAAAACCAAAAAGGUUUUGUCAAAAUGAUUCCCUUCUUGCCCCAGCGUCUCUAUACAACACCCAUUUCUGAUGCUUUCAUCAUUAAAACCAAGACCAUAGUUCCACAACCCACUUAAAUAGUAGACUUUCUACUUAUGGAGUUUUAUUAAUCGGAUUAUUCUUGGAAAGGCUUCAUUCAAAGGCUGGUUCCCAACCUAGAAAUAUCCCUAAAAUGAUAUAGAUAGAGAGCAGCAGGAGGAGAAGAAGAGAGAGGACGACAUGGAUCCGGAGCAGACCUUCAUACGCGUACAAGAGCGCUUCUCUCAGAUCCUGACGCCAAAAGUGAGAGCUGCUUUGGAGUAUAUCUACCUUUUCAUCGCGAUCACUCUCUUCUGUAUUCUUGUUGUUAUGCACGCCAAUUACGUUCAGCAGCCUGGCUGUUCAAGUGAGCUUCCUGGAGUUGAAACAGCAGACGCAGAAAUUAUUCAUGUCAAGAUUUCUAGUGCAGGCUUGUGGUCGCAGAAUGAGUCAGAAUUCACCAAUGUGAUAAAUGAUGUCCCCGAGACGAAAUUUGUGAUGGAUAAAUUAGAAUUUGCCAAUGUAAAUGGGGAUGAGAUUCUAGAUAAUCAGGCAGAUAGCUGUAUGCCAAAUGUUGAUGAUGCGGUUAUGAAAACUGAAAUAGAGGAGUCACGUAGUAGUUUUCCUUUAUCUGCAAAAGAGACAUUCAAAGCAGCACUCUUUCAUUUUAGCAACAAGUGGCACAGGCGUCUAUCAUUCCUCUGGAAGCAUGGAACACAUAUUGUUGGAAGUUUGUGGAACAUUGCAGGCAUACAUUUGGAUCUUGAUAUUCCAAAGUGGCUGCAUAUACUUCGAUUGGACAGGCUUAACUCGUAUGCAGUGCAGUGGCUUGAGAACAGAAGCAAAACUUUUGAACCAACUUACUUAUACACUAUGGAAAAGGGUUAUUUCUUACUGCCUGAAAGUGCAAGAGCUCAGCAUAAUAUUCGUACUGUAAACAUAAGCAUAUCAGCUCGACAUUCCUGUUUCGGAAACAGGUGGCAGCAGCUACUGAUUAACAGAUUUGUUGGGUACGAUACUAUUUUGAUAAACAGUUUACUGAGUUCUCCUGGUCAAGGUUAUCUUUAUAAUUUUCAAACAAAGGAGUUCUUUAAUCUUAGUUAUGCACAUGAACCGCCAGAGGGUCCGGCAAGAUUUGGAGACUACCUCGUGACAAAGUGUGGCGUUCUUAUGAUGUCUCUAUUUGUGUUCUUUACAACCACUAUGUCUGUGUCAUUUACUUUGAGAGAGACGCAGACUCGGAUGCUGAAGUUCACAGUGCAGCUUCAACACCAUGCUCGUCAUCAGCUUCCAACAUUUCAGUUGAUUUUUGUGCAUGUAAUUGAAUCACUUGUCUUUGUCCCGAUUAUGAUUGGCAUAUUGUUUUUUCUGUUCGAGUUUUACGAUGAUCAACUAUUGGCCUUCAUGGUCCUCAUUCUUGUCUGGUUGAGUGAACUAUUUACCCUGAUCAGUGUUCGCACGCCCAUAUCAAUGAAGUUCUUUCCCCGCUUCUUUCUGCUCUACUUUCUGGUUUUUCACAUCUAUUUCUUUUCCUAUGCUUACGGUUUUUCCUAUUUGGCUCUUUCUACGGCUGCAGCAUUUAUGCAGCAUCUCAUUCUAUACUUCUGGAACCGUUUUGAGGUACCAACUCUACAAAGGUUUAUUCAAAAUCGAAGAUCACAACUCCAACAACACCCAGAUUUCCACAUUACUUCCUCCACAUUCCUUGCCUCAACUUUGCAUAUCACAAGAUUAAACACAAGAAAUCCUGGUCCAGUCAAUUCUGACAUAGUCUCUGGGCCUGGGCUGAGAUCUGGAUCCAAUCCAGCAGUGCCUUCAAAUGGAGCUGAAGCUCCUGGCUUUCAUGAACGAUCAGGCAAUGAGAACCCAGUGCAAAACCCUCUUCAGGUUCCAGGCCAAACUGACCUGAAUCAAGCAGAGAAUGGCCCAAACCCCAGUACUAUGAAUUCUUUCAGUUCACUUUUGUUGUGGAUAUUAGGAGGAGCUUCCUCUGAAGGCCUCAACUCAUUUCUUUCUAUGUUCAGAGAUGUCCGAGACCAAGGACAAGCUUAUGCUGAAUCUCCCAGGCAAGAAAAUCAGGAUGGAAGAUAGUACUUGGACAUUGCUUGGGAGAUCUACGUCCCUUGCUUUAGUUGUAGACCUAAAUGUAUGUAUUUUAACUAGUAUAGCAGAGUAUGGUAGAUUAAAGAAAAGUGUAUGCGGGAUUUACAUAUAUGUAUAGAAGUAGUGAUAUGUAAAGGAUAUCUGAAUAUCUCAAGUCGUCUUUUUACUUGAAUUGUUACAGAUCCCUUGACUGGGAUGGCACAUGUAAUUGCUUUGGCAGAACUAGUGAAUUGUAAACAUUGACAAAUAGGAAUGGUACCUUUCUUUUGUAUGUUCAGUACUGCAUGCAAAGGCACUGAGCUAAUUUUGGGUAUUGAUAACUGUUUCUGUUCUGAUUUAGGGAUA